UUCUUUUUUUACACUGUUAUUUACACUUCCAGAAUAGACCUAUGUAUUAAACUGAUUUUUACACAUUUUUGCCAUUAUUUGUCGACACAUUUGGACAGAUUUUAAUAAAAUGUUGAUGGAUCCACACUAUAUCUAUGCAGAUUAUGAAGCAGUCAACAUCCUUGCCUACACCAGGUUGACUAGCAGGGACUCCAUGGAACAAGGAGUACUCGUCCUUGUGAAUGAGGCUGUGUUUGCAUACUUUAACGCCACAGAGAAAUCCUUCUUGCUUCGGCCUACUGCAAUGGCAGGCUUUUCUGUACUGGAAGCAAAGGAACGCAUGUAUUGUGUGUCUGAGGUCAUCAAAGCCUUUCCACGCCAACAAGACUAUCUGGAUAAGUUGAUCAAGCAGACUAAUGUUGCCAAGCCGCCUAAACUGAGCCCUUCAGUUAAUGUAUACAGCCAUUCCCCUGCAAUGCCAGGAAGUCCCAACUACCUCUACUGCUAUGCCACUGGCUUCUACCCUGGAGAUAUAGAGAUCAGCUUUUCUCUCAAUGGACACCCAUUCCCUGGUCCUGCAGAGUCUUCUGACUUAGUGUAUGGGGAGGACUGGACCUUCAGAGUGUUUAAAUAUAUCAGUAUCCUCCCCUUACCUGGAGAGGUGUAUGAAUGCUUUGUCAACCACAGCAGCCUCGCUCAACCUAAAAGAAAUGUCUGGCAGCCAGAAGUGUCAAAGACGAUUGGGGCAUCCGUUUGGUUGACAGCUGUGGUGGCUGCAGCUUGUGGGGGAACAUUGGGCUGCUUCAUGUCUGUGUUUGUAUGGAGAUGGAGAAAUGUUACAAAGUAGGAAAAAAAAAUAUAUUAUUUAUAUUAUCUUAUAUUAUAUUAUAUUAUAUUACCAAACCUU